GACAUACACAUGUACAUGUCAUUUCUGCAUGUAGAUACACUUUUCAGUUUUGAUCGACCGUCAAGCUCUAAAAACUACAGGUACUGGGCGACAAUCGGUGCAGUGCUGCAUGUUGGGAGGACUGGGGAUCUUCUGUUUGGACCUCCUGCGUUGAAGGUACCCCGGCAGCCAGUCAUGACCUGCAGUGACAUCGGUGCCGACGGUGGUCAUGACUGCAAUUGGGUUGAAGAUCCCCCUCAUGAGCUUAUUUGCUUGAUCUGCCUUUGCAUUGCAAAAUAUCCACGCCAGCAUGGAGAAGGAGGUUGUGGUAAGCUGUUCUGCUACUCUUGCGUGGAAGAGCACAAGCAAAGAAACGAGCUCUGUCCCAACUGCAGAUGCCUAUUUAUUGUACACAAGGAUGUAAGAAGUUAUAAACAGGUUCAAGGGCUUCAAGUUAAAUGCAGUAAUGUUGUUAAUGGCUGCCGAUGGACUGGAUCACUAAGUGCUCUUCAAAACCAUCUGCUAGAAGAAUGUAGAAAAGUGUACAUUUUCUGUCCGAAGGGGUGUUCUAACAAUCACAAAUUUGUGAAAGUUUUACGGAAAAACAUGCAACGUCAUCUCAAAUACAGAUGUCCGAAUCGAGAACAGCCAGAUGUAGUCCCCAUUCCUUAUUAUCGUCAGCGAAGUUUCUCUGAUAGCCAGUCUGAGCAGGAACUCGAAAAGCAACAACCCGGUCACUUACAGGAAUCUAGUUUAAGCGAUUCUUCAGUUUCGGUGGAAGAAAGCACUCUCUUCUUGAAAUCUGAACAAGAGUUAACAUUGGUGUUUCCUGAUUCUAUUGAGACGGAAGACUUGUGUAAAUCUGAAGAGAACCCCGGCCAUGCACAUCCACCUUUGUUUCCCCUACCUUAUCAAAACAUCCUCACAAACUACCCACUGCCAUUUGUCACACAGUGUGAUAACUUUAAACUAAUCAAAGCACCUGUUGGCCCAUCUGUACUGAGAUGGAGUGAGUCUGUUGUGUCUGAUUGUACGUAUCUUAUUAAAGCAGGAAGCAGUGGAGGCAAGGUUCCAUUAUCUACUUGGAUAAAAGAUGUGGCUAUUCCCAUACAAAUGUGGAGACUGUGUGUUGGUCUGAUUCAAUUCGAGAUGCGGUGCUUUCAAUUUAACGAUGAAGCUUUUUCAAAGAUUCUGAUGGAUGACGAAGGAAUAGCACACAUUCCUGAUGAUAUGAUCCACUCCAAGACUACUGAGUCAGAUUCCUGUUUCAUUCUGAUGGUCGCUGAGAGUGUGAGAAUGUUUUUGAACCUUCCAAGGAUUCAAUUGAAAAGAAAACCUAUUGAGGUCUCCAAGAUGAUGGUCUUUGUUAAUACCUUUGAGAAAUGCGCUGACAACUUUCAUGAUGUGCUGUUGCAGCUGGGCACUAUUAAGUACACGACUGAAGCAGCAUGAUAUGGGGGGACUCAUCAUGCAUAACACAGAAGGACAUAAACACUAACAGUGUUUAUACAGUGCCUUUAGUCUAUAGAGUAAAUAAACGCAAUUUGGUACGUGUUAGUACAUAAAUGUAAAUAUUUUGAGAUUGGAACAUUUCUAAGAAAAUAUGAUGAUACAAUUG